AGGACAAGAAUACGCAAUGUCUAAAGGGUCUUCUGUUUUUGAAGAGGGGGUGGGAGGUGUUCUUCAAAGGAGGUUUAUUUGCUUAUUGUGCUUAAAUUCGAAAGUUCGAAAUGUCGGUGAGAGAAGAAUUUUCUGCUUUUUUGCUUAGUGUAGGAUUCUUCUCCUUCCUUGCCCAGCGUUACCUUACACAUUUAAUGAAAAGAGCACUCAGGUUCUCCUUCACAUGCACCGACCUGUCUCCGUGUCCUUCCCGCUGUGUGACCACUGGGGCUCUAUAAGGAGUUCCCGGCAGUCCAUCUCACGUCCAGGCUCUCAGUGUCGUUCAGCUGCAGUUAGAGGUCCCCCCUCCCCACACCGCUUUUUUUUUGGAGGGGGAGGGGUAGAGAAAGGUGACAGAAACAUCAUAAUUUACUGAAAAUAUAUAGAAGUUAAUAUUAGAAAACAAAUGGAGUUUGCUAAUUUCCUUGUUUCCCUCUCUGCAUCUUCGUGUUACAGUGCUACAGCGUUGUCUUGACAUCAGGCUCCGGGCUGGUGGUACUGAGUUUGGAAAGCUUUCAUGCACUUCAUUUCUUCUUUCAAUGGCACAUGUUUUUUCUCUCAUUUUUAAGGCUAUCUUCUGCUUCAGAGGAAACAUGUUCUGACAUGCUGGAGUUUGAUGGUGGUAAAUAUUUCCUUUGACUACAAAGCACAUGUGUAAAAGGCUUUUUUUUUUUUUUUCGUGGAAAUAUGUUUUGUUCUCGCUUGCUCCUUUCUCUGCUGUUAUUAAUAACCUGCAAAUGAGUUGACUCCGGAGGUCUGAGUGAAAUAGCACUUUCGGAUCUGCACUUUCAGCCACAUCACGCUGAGGAAAGUGCAGAAGCUCUGUGUAUGCACGAGAGGGAUUCAUGCGAUGCUUAUGCCAGUUUACAUACCAGACUCGUUGACAAAGUACGGACCACAGGUGAUUCUCCAAGAGAUCUGCUUUGCCGAGAGGAUUUUUACAGCCCCUAACCACAGAGAAGAAGUAUUGGGCUCUCCAACUGCUCUCCAGAGUUGGCGGUUCUGUUUUGUUUUCAGCUGAAAAUAACCUAGAAAAUGACACGCAAGUCCCCAUCCAAGCAGCCGUGUGUGCUGCGGUUCCUCUCAAAUAAGCGUUCCCCCGUGGGGUGAAGUAUCGGUGUCCGUGCGAGGGAAAGGGCUGCAAAGGGUUAAGCCGCUGACUGCUUGCUAGGCAAAGUUUGAGGAAGAAUAUGUCUGAGGCUGAGUACGCUGCAGCCUCGCGUUUGAAAUCUGUCACCCUCACUUAGGAGCUCUGCAUCUCUGUUUGUCACCGGUGAAUAAUGAUCACACGGUGAUAAGAUCGCUCCGUGGCUUUGCGCCGGAGCCGCCGGGGGAAAGAGAAGAAAGGAAAUUACGAGGCGUUUAACCACUUUAGCAGGGUGUUCUUGAGUGUCAUCGGUGGGUGUCAGGGUCAAAUGACCGGCUGGACAACGACUUGGAAAGAAAAUUUCCUUCAUCCUUUCCUUGAGAGAAACCUUGGGUGAUGGUGACCAUCGGCAGCUAUGGGAAACAGAGACCUUGGUGGUGAUGCUUAAAACAAUACCAUGCUGGAGCCCAGCUGUUCCGCCACUUUCUCCUCUUUCCAUCUGCCGGACCCUGUGGGCUUUGGGUGACCUACCGAGGAGGACCCACCUCUGCAGAAGCAGGCAGGCCAGAUACAGCAGAUAGCUGAUAUGAGGACAUUGCUGACUUCAGAAAGCUGAGCGUGACACCAGCGGACUUCAGUGAAAGGAAAUAUUAUCCCUCCAAGCAACUCAUAUACAGACAACUCUUGGUAGCUUUAAAUUAACCUGUUGCUCACCUGCAAAGACACGGCUGUUGUUUCUUUUAGCACACAUGGAGGAAGGCAACAAACUUUGUAACCCUGGCUAAUAAGACUGUGGCUUUCUUAUCAAAAGUAGGAGGUAGGCCAAUUAUAGAAGGAUUAUUUGAUACUUAGCCUCCAGGACUUUAACUCCAGCCUGAACACUGGACAUAAAUAGAAGCAAAUUUUAUGACGUGAGAUUUUGCUACCUGUGCUUUAUUGUUGUUAUCCAUUCUUUAACAUUUUGGUACUUUAUUUCUUUAAAUUAGAUUAGAAAUGGGUUUGUGGACUAGAAUGUGGCCCACAGAUUGGGCUGUUCUCAUGAAAUCAUGGCUUAUCUUUUCCCUGGGGCUGUACAUGCAGGUCUCCAAAUCUUUGGCCUGCCCAAAAGUGUGCCGCUGUGACCGAAACUUUGUCUACUGUAAUGAGCGAAGCUUGACCUCAGUGCCUCUUGGGAUACCGGAGGGUGUAACCGUCCUCUACCUCCAUAAUAACCAAAUUAAUAAUGCUGGAUUUCCUGCAGAGUUGCACAAUGUCCAGUCUGUGCACACAGUCUACCUGUAUGGCAACCAAUUAGAUGAAUUCCCCAUGAACCUGCCUAAGAAUGUCAGGGUUCUCCACCUGCAGGAAAACAACAUUCAGACCAUUUCUCGGGCUGCGCUUGCUCAGCUUUUGAAGCUGGAAGAGCUGCACCUGGAUGACAACUCCAUCUCAACUGUUGGCGUUGAGGAUGGGGCAUUCCGAGAAGCCAUCAGCCUCAAGCUUCUGUUCUUGUCCAAGAAUCACUUAAGCAGCGUACCGGUAGGCCUUCCAGUGGACUUACAAGAACUUCGAGUAGAUGAAAACCGAAUUGCUGUCAUUUCAGACCUGGCUUUCCAGAAUCUUACAAGUCUGGAGCGUCUGAUUCUGGAUGGCAACCUCCUUACUAAUAAAGGCAUAGCUGAAGGCACCUUCAGCCACCUUUCCAAGCUCAAGGAAUUCUCAAUAGUGCGGAAUUCACUGACCUACCCUCCUCCCGAUCUUCCAGGUACACACCUGCUAAGGCUCUACUUGCAGGACAACCAGAUAACCCAUAUACCACUUACAGCCUUUUCAAACCUCCACAAGCUGGAACGGCUUGAUAUUUCCAACAAUCAACUUCGGAUGUUGGUAAAGGGGGUAUUUGAUAAUCUCCACAACCUGAGGCAACUCACUGUAAGGAAUAAUCCCUGGUUGUGUGACUGCAGUAUUAAGUGGGUCACUGAAUGGCUCAAAUUUAUUCCCGCUUCCAUCAAUGUGCGGGGUUUUAUGUGCCAGGGACCAGAGCAGGUCCGAGGUAUGGCAGUCAGGGAGCUCAAUAUGAAUAUGUUGUCAUGCCCCACCACCACCCCUGGCCUGCCAGUUAUCAUCACCCCAGUCCCAGCAACAGCCAUGCCAACUACAUUAGUUCCCACCUCAUCAGUUCCUCCCCCAAGUAGCAAGUAUAAUCCUCUCAUUCCCACCAUAGCCACACUCCCCACUGUGCCUGACAGGGAGGACAGAGAAAGGGUGACACCUCCUAUAUCUGAACGAAUUCAACUGUCCAUCCGUUUUGUGAAUGACACUUGCAUCCAAGUUAACUGGUUGUCUCUUUUUACUGCAAUGGCUUAUAAACUCACGUGGGUCAAAAUGGGCCAUAGUCUGGUAGGAGGAAUUGUUCAGGAACGAAUAGUUAGUGGUGAGAAGCAACACUUAAACUUGGUAAAUCUGGAGCCCAAAUCCACCUAUCGGAUUUGUUUGGUUCCACUGGAUACUUACAACAAUUACCGAACUGGAGAAGACACUGUCUGUUCAGAAGCCACAACCAAGGCUUCCUUUCUGAGCAAUGGCAACAACAUCCCCUCUAGCCAUGAGCAGACAACUUCUCAGAACAUGGGCUCCCCAUUUCUGCUGGCAGGGUUGAUUGGGGGUGCAGUGAUAUUUGUCCUUGUGGUCCUGCUCAGCAUUUUUUGCUGGCAUAUGCACAAAAAAGGGCGUUACACCUCCCAGAAGUGGAAAUAUAACCGGGGCCGUCGGAAAGAUGACUACUGCGAGGCAGGGACCAAGAAGGACAACUCCAUCCUGGAGAUGACGGAAACCAGCUUCCAGAUUGUCUCCUUAAAUAAUGAUCAGCUCCUUAAAGGAGAUUUCAGACUGCAGCCCAUUUAUACCCCAAACGGGGGCAUUAACUACACAGACUGCCACAUCCCCAACAACAUGCGAUACUGCAACAGCAAUGUCUCAGACCUGGAGCACUGUCAUACGUGAUAGUGAGGGGAAAUGGGGGUGUCUAGGACAAAGAAAAAAACUCUGCAAAAAGUAACCCCCUCAACAACAAUGAAAAAAUUACAUUUGAUAAAUGUUACCCAGAUGCAUUUGAAUACUCUGUAAUUUAUACGGUGUACUAUAUAAUGGAAUUUAAAAAAAGUGCUAUCUUUUCUAUUUCAAGUUAAUUGCAAAUGGUUUUGUAACUCUUUGCUUUUUAAAUCUUUAAAAAAUAUUGCUGAGUACUGUACAAGGUUGUACAAUAAGAACACAAUGUCAUGGCAAAGGAAAGAAUGACUCAUUCUUCAAACAUUAACCACUUUGCUGUCGAAGCUGUCUGAGGCAUGUUAAGUUUAUAGGUGUCCUGUAGUACAGGAAAAUAAGCGCAUAUUAAAACAGGGUUGCUAGGAAUAGGCAAAAGCAAUUCAGAUAAAAUAGGUACAACCUUGAACCCAGAAGUUGCUGUUGAGCUUCAAACAACUGGAAAUAUUUCCAUGCCUCACUCUGCGUUUCCUGCCUCCAACUGAAAGCUGGAGUUUUGAGUGCUACCAAAAAGGCUACUUUCUUUUAGCUUCCUCCCAGUAUACUUGGAAUAAGAAAGGUCAACAGUGUGCAGUGUCAAACCUUGAUACCUAUUUGCAAAAGUACUCUGAAAAUGUCCCCCAAUGCUAUAUAUUUUUAUGAUAGAAGCUGGUUCUACUUUUCAUUAUGAUUAAGAAGCUUUAGGCAUUCUCUGACCCUUCUCAGUGGGAGAUGAAGGUUAUAGGUAUGUAACAGAUAGCUGUCAUUAAGUUGCACCUCUCUUUAAUAGAGCAGCAUUUGUUGACACAGCAUGUUCAGGUAAAGCCUAAAUGAGGGAAAUUGAGUGCUCCCAGCUCUGAAGUAUUCAUGUAGAAUUUGCAGUAUAAAAAGCAAAUUGCUGAAAACAUGAUGCAAAAUAUGCCAAUGGAAAGGUUGCCAUUAACUUAUAUGGUUCAAGCCCUGUUUUAUUUAGGGGUCUGAGUUAUGGUCAGUAUGGUGAAGUAGAAGCAAAAAGACAAACAAACAGAGAAAACAAAUAAAGGUCUUUUAAAAAUAUUUAUUAUUGGAAAGGCCUCCGGGUCUAUUAUGAGUUAAAAUAAGUUCAGCAGGGAGAAUUGUGUAUAAAUCCUGGUUUGUUUGGGGUUUUUUGUUUGUUGUUGUUUGUUUGUUUUUCUUAUCUUUUUGUUGUUGUUGUUUUUUGUGUUUUUUGGUUGUUGUUGUUUUUUUCUUAGUUGUUUUGUUUUGUUUUGUAUUGUUUGUUUUGUUUUGUUUUGUUUUGUUUUGUUUGUUUUGUUUUUUUAUUCAAGUAUACAGAGAUGAACAUUAACUAAACAUUUGAUUAGCUGAGGAACUUUGAAAACACAAGUGUACACUGUCCCUCUAAAUUACCCUUCCUUUAUCUUAAGCUUUUGGAAGUUUUCCACAAUGUUUUGUGCUUUAUAAGCAGUGGGUGGUCUUAGAAUUUGCUUUUUUACUUCCUGGAAUUCAUUAGCUAGAAUACAUUCUGAGUCCUUGAGCUUUACAUGCAGGACAUGAAACAUCAUGUUUGUAUUAAAACCAUGAUGCUGCUCUCAAAAUCGUAUAAUGUUCCAGUCACUCUAUUGACUUUGUGACUGCCAAGAAUUCUGAAUUUAUUGCCAGCUCAAUGAUGGAUUCUAAUUCUUCCUUUCUUUCAGUGUUUUGUUUUUUUUGUGUUUUGUUUGUUUGUUUGUUAUUUUUUGGUUGGUUGGUUGGUUGGUUGUUUUUGUUUUGUUUUGUUUUUUUAAUGCAGCUCACUUUCUUCUGAGCUUGGGGAUGAGCAGAAGUUCACAAUAAAGAGAGGGAAAAAAAAAAUAGGGAGGCAAAACUUUCCUGAGGGAGAAGGGAACCAAAGAGAAAACUUAUUACAGUGACUAGAGAUAAGGAGAAGUUGUUAGAAGUGGAUUGGAAGCAAAGAUUGAAGCACUUUCACUGUGGAAUGCCUAGACUUUUCACUUUAUCAGACUGCUUAUUUUGGGAGAGAAGGUUUUAAUCCUUUCCUUUGCUCAUUUCACUCAACCCAUUCUUGAAACCCAGCAGCCUAUGAGUGUGCAGUUUCUCAAAUCCAAAUCGCAUGAUAACACUUAUUUUCUACAAUGGCAAAGUGAAUCCAGUUAUGAUUGAUGGCAAAGUACAAUCAUUGUGUAAGGAACCGCAUCCUUCCCCCAACACCUUUUAUUAUGACAUUUUGGAAUUACACUCUAUAUUCUGUAUAUUUGCUAUUUUCUCCAGCUAUAACAGGUAUUUUAGGCAACCUGUGUGGCUAUUGUAAUAGUGAAGUCACUGAAAUUUUGCUGAAUAAAAGACUGCCAUAUGAUUUCAAA